AUGGAUGAUUCAAGGCAUUGCGCUAUAAAGAAAACAUGUGAUGAUAUAUAUGAAGUUUGCUAUAAAGGGGUUAGUGAUGCUGUUAAUUUGGCAAACAGAACAUGUAGUUGUAGGGAAUGGGAUGUAAGGGGUAUACCAUGUAUGCAUGCCAUUGCAUGUAUAAUUGACCAAAGGGGUAAUCCUGAAGACUUUGUUGAUAGUUGUUAUCAUAGGGAGACAUACUUGAGGACAUAUACACCUGUUAUUUUCCCUAUGCCUCUUAGGCAAAUGACACGUGAAGUUGCCACUGAUUCCAUACACCCACCAAUGGUUAAGCCCUCAUCUGGCAGACCUAAAAAGGCAAGAAAAAGGCUGUUGGUGAAGUGA